AUGGCAUCAACACUGCCCCGCCUGCCUAUCUUCGAAGCGAUCAAGAAGCACGAUGGGAAGUCCAUUGCGGUGAUCCACAGCCUGUCAGGGAGGACCUUCACGUACGGCGAACUUGUAAACGAUGUAGCGGCUGCGAAGGACAAGCUGCAGAAGAAUGCGAAUGGAAAGAGCACGGCUGGAGAGCGAAUAUCAUUUCUCGUGGAGAAUGGGUACGAUUAUGUAGUGACUCUAUUGUCUAUUCUGGCUGCGCAUGCCAUCGCCGUUCCGCUGUCGCCAACAUUCCCUGCACACGAGCUCCGGUAUAUCAUCGAUCAGAGCGAAUCGCUCAUGCUCCUCUCGUCAGAAAAAUUUCAAGAUAAGGCGGAUGAUGUGUUGAAGGAGGGCAUGGAGACGAGCCCGAUCAACUACAAGCAAGAGAAGAUCAUGAUGGGCAAAACGGACGACUACGUCACGCUGGAGGAGCCAGAGAGCGACAAGGGCGGCAUGAUGCUGUACACAUCGGGGACCACGAACAGGCCGAAAGGCGUACUUCUCUCCCAGGAUAUACUGACGGCACAGUCUCUGUCGCUGUUGGAGGCUUGGGACUACAGUAGCAAAGACGUGCUUUUGCAUGUGUUACCACUUCACCACAUCCACGGAACCGUGAACGCCCUUCUGACGCCGUUGUUCGCCGGAAGCACGAUAGAGUUCCAGUUUCCGUUCAAUGCGACUGCAUUUUGGGAGCGCCUGGCAACACCAUUCCUACCGAGCCCUGACCCAGCAAAGAAACCGAUAACCUUCCUCACCGUCGUCCCCACAAUCUACACGCGUCUCCUAUCCUCGCACUCCUCGUUGUCCCCAGAGCUCCAGUCCGCCAGCAAGACCGCUCUCCACCCCUCAAACAUGCGGCUCAAUAUCUCUGGGUCUGCCGCCCUUCCUACACCAGUCAAAUCAGCGUGGACAGAACUCUCCGGCGGAAACGUCCUCCUAGAGCGCUACGGCAUGACCGAAGUCGGCAUGGCCAUUUCCUGCGGGUUGUCAUUCGCUGACCGCGUAGACGGCUCGGUCGGCUGGCCGCUUCCCUCUGUGCAAGCGCGCCUCGUCGACACCGAGACCCACGAAGUCAUCAAAGAAGGCGAGGAAAUCGACCCUUCAACAGGCCGCGAGCGCCACGGCGAGAUCCAGCUCCGCGGGCCCACCAUCUUCCGCGAGUACUGGAAGAACCCCGAAGCCACCGCCAAGGAAUUCGUCGAGGAUGCAGACGGCAAGGGCAAAUGGUUCAAGACGGGCGACGUAGCCAUUCGCAGGAACGUGGAUGGUGCCGGAAAGAGCAGUCAAGAUUGGGCACAUGGACCGCUGUAUUUCAUCCAAGGCCGCAUGUCCGCCGACAUCAUCAAAACCGGCGGCGAGAAAGUCUCUGCGCUAGAAAUCGAGCGCGAGAUGCUCUCCCUCAUACAAGUAGAAGAAGUCGCCGUCGUAGGCCUUCCAUCCGAUGCGUGGGGUCAAAAGGUCGCUGCAAUUGUUGUCCUCAGUCCGGAGGGCAAGACGGCGGGACGAGGAGGCAGGCCUUGGUCUGCGCUCGAUAUGCGCAAGGCGCUGAAGGAGAUUUUGGCGAAUUACAAGAUCCCGCAGGAGCUAAAGGUUGUAGAUGCAAUACCUAAAAACGCCAUGGGCAAGAUCAAUAAGAAGCAAUUGGUGAAGGAGCUCUUUGGAAAGGCGUUGGAGGCGAAUGGAACGGCGAAUGGGGCGGUGCAGGUGCCGAAUGGGAGCGUAUGA